AUGAGCUACGCGGCAGAAAAUCUUGUGCAAGCUAGCACAUGGACGGCUACUAACAUGUUUUAUAUGCUACUGGUCCCAGCAUUAGUCCUAUGGUAUGCGUACUGGAGGAUGUCCAGAAGGCACAUGUAUGAACUGGCUGCCAAACUUAAUGGACCACCGGGUCUGCCGAUCAUCGGAAACGCGCUGGAAUUCACUGGAGGCUCCGCUGACAUAUUCAAGAACCUCGUGUCAAAGAGCGUGCCGUACGACAAAGAGGGUAUUGUUAAGAUCUGGAUCGGCCCCAGGCUGCUGGUGUUCUUGUAUGACCCGAGGGACGUAGAGCUCAUCCUCAGCAGCCACGUCUACAUCGACAAGGCCGACGAGUACAGAUUCUUCAAGCCUUGGCUCGGAGAUGGUCUUCUCAUCAGUACUGGUCAGAAAUGGAGGUCCCACCGCAAGCUCAUCGCCCCCACUUUCCACUUGAAUGUCCUGAAGAGUUUUAUUGAUUUGUUCAACGCUAACUCCAGGGACGUGGUAGACAAACUGAAGAAGGAGAGUGGCGCUUUCGACUGCCACGACUAUAUGAGCGAGUGUACCGUGGAAAUCUUAUUAGAAACCGCCAUGGGUGUCAGCAAGAGCACACAAGACCAGAGUGGUUUUGAGUAUGCCAUGGCUGUGAUGAAGAUGUGCGACAUCCUCCAUUUGAGACAUACUAAGAUCUGGUUGAGACCCGAAUUCUUGUUCAACUUCACGCAGUACGCCAAGAACCAGACUAAACUCCUUGACGUCAUCCACGGAUUGACCAAGAAGGUAAUCAAGAGGAAGAAGGAGGAAUUCAAAUCUGGAAAGAAGCCUUCUGUCUUGUCUGCACCCGAAACAACAACGUCAACUGAAAUCCCUGCCACGAAAACGACAUCAGUUGAAGGUCUAUCUUUCGGACAGUCUGCAGGACUUAAAGAUGAUUUAGAUGUUGACGAUAACGAUGUCGGUCAGAAAAAGCGCCUCGCUUUCCUGGACUUGCUUUUGGAAAGUUCUCAGAGUGGAGUAGUUAUAUCCGACGAAGAAAUCAAAGAACAAGUGGACACAAUUAUGUUCGAGGGCCACGAUACCACUGCUGCUGGUAGCAGUUUCUUCUUAUCCAUGAUGGGUAUUCACCAAGAUAUCCAAGACAAAGUUAUUGCAGAACUGGACCAGAUCUUCGGAGAUUCCGACCGGCCAGCCACUUUCCAAGAUACACUUGAGAUGAAGUAUCUGGAGAGGUGUCUGAUGGAAACUCUGAGAAUGUACCCACCAGUGCCUAUCAUUGCUCGCCAGCUCAACCAGGACAUUACCUUGCCGUCGAACGGUAAACAAGUGCCUGCUGGUACGACUGUCAUCAUUGCUACGUACAAGCUGCACCGCCGUCCAGACAUCUAUCCGAACCCGACCAAGUUCGACCCUGACAACUUCCUACCAGAGAAAUCGGCCAACCGUCACUACUACGCCUUCGUCCCAUUUUCAGCUGGGCCUAGGAGUUGUGUUGGUCGCAAGUACGCCAUGUUGAAGCUGAAGAUUAUCCUCUCGACAAUCUUGAGAAACUUCAGGGUUCAAUCGGACCUCAAGGAAUCUGACUUCAACCUACAAGCUGACAUCAUUCUGAAACGCGCUGAAGGAUUCAAAGUACGUCUGCAACCACGAAAGAGGAUGGCAAAGGCUUAA